GAACUACAAACUGAUAGAGGAGCAGAGAGAAGCAGCUGAUUCUUAUGUCUGCUGCCUCCCCCUCCCUCCCUUCCUCUCUUCCUCUUCACUCUCUCUAACUCACACAUCCACACCCACACCCAAGGAUACCCUCACUGCUUCACUGCUGCUGUUUCCCACACACUGCCUUGCUUCUUUCCUUUUCACUUUCUGCCUUUAGAGAAAAAAAUUAUUAAAGCUCUCUGGGGAAUAUAUGCUCACCUGACCCUGUUGUUUAGACUUUUUUGGACACUCUUCAUUUCUCCAUCCUUUCUCUCCUACUUUGCUGCUACCUGUGGAGGUCCCUCGGUUCUCCGGUUCUACAGCGCAGAAAGGAACCAUGCUGGGUUUGGACGUGUGCGAGUUCGGGGGUCAGGUGCUGGAGCUGCUGUGGCUGACCAUGUGCUAUAACGGUCUGCUUGCUGACAAGACUCAUUUGGCCAUAGAGGAGGAGGAGGAUGACAGGAACCUCAACUACAAUCCUCCGGCACAGAAGACACUGCAGGAGAUUCAGGAAAUGGACAAAGAUGAUGAAAGUCUGGUGAAGUACAAGCAGACCCUGCUGGGGCCAAAAGCAAUGACUGCAGAUGCCUCUGAGCCUAACGUCAGAGUGACCAGACUGGUCCUGCUGUGUGACGAUACUCCUGAACCGCUCGUCAUGGACCUCACAGGAGACCUGAAUGCUCUGAAGGAGACCGCCUUCACCUUACAGGAAGGAGCCAAAUACAGGCUGAAGGUUUACUUUAAGGUGAACAGAGAUAUUGUGUCUGGCUUGAAGUAUCGACAAGUGACCUACAAGAAAGGAGUAAGAAAGAACACUGCAGUCUGCAUGAUGGGAAGCUACGGCCCACGAGCAGAGGAACAGGAGUUCCUGAGUCCAGCUGAUGAGGCACCUAAAGGGAUGAUGUCCCGAGGCCAGUAUGUGGUCAAAUCCUGCUUCACUGAUGAUGACAAGAACGUCUACCUAUCUUGGGAAUGGAUCCUCAGCAUCACAAAGGAUGGAAUUUAACAGGGAGUGGCGGGAAACUGAUGGCAAACAUUGCUUUUUAUCCAUCAUAUUUUACCCAUGUCAACAUUUUCCUCUCUAAUUGCAUUCGCCAAAAAAUAAAACUCUGUUCGCGGUUCUGUUUUUACAUAAUUCUCCAUGUGUUCUCCAUCAAUCCUAACUAAUUUUUUUCUUUUACCAGAUUUUUGCUCCUAUUUGCCUUAUAUUAUCAUCAUAUGGAGUCAGUUUGGUCAGUGUUGAGCACAUGGCAGGAUGAUAUUUACCAUGAAAAUAUGUAAAACAAUGUGGCUGCCUCCAAGAUCAGCUCGGUUUUUGUGCUUGACAGUCAAGAGGGUGAAAAAAAAGAGAGAAAAUAACACACUCUGUAAAAGAGAAUAAGUGAUUGAAAUAAACCCUCUUAAACACUAAGGAAAAACUCUGGAAGAUAAGACUGUCAUCUAAACCUAGGUUCAUAUGCUGGGACACAGCUCACGGAGGCAGAAUGGUGUUAUUUUUAGUAAAAUGUAAAAUAUGCUGUACUCUAAA